GUCUUCGAUACCAAAGCUGCGCAGACGCUUAACUUCUAACCCUGACCUUGACUUCGAGCGUAGCAAGAGUAACAAUGGGUGUGGUAAAGGCCCGUGUGAGUCAGGAGGUUGUAGUCACUAGAGUUCAGGACCUCAAACGCAUAACCCCCACGAGUCGUAGUAUAAAAGAGGUCAUUUUUUCCCUAUUUCUUACCUUCCAGCACUCCCAGCUGGGGCAGACGCUGUACAAGAUGUCGUCUUCUACAACCCCGCCCUACCCUGUCGCCGAGCUGUUACUUGUAUCGCCCUUGGUGCCCGGCGGCAUUGCCCUCUCUUCGAAAAAGCGACGAAUCACGCCCACAGUGGAAGCACUGUCACCGAAGAGAGUGGCAGUCAUCACUAAGCCCGGGGCUGUAAGUCCUUUGGUCAACAGCCUUGAUUGCUCUACGUUCCCGAAUCAGUUCGGAUGGCCUUCUCAAGCUGAAUUAGUUCACAUCGACCAGCGUUUAUCUCUGUACAAAGACAUCCCAUUUCCGCCCAAAGAGGACAUGUCAGCACAAGUGCAACCUCCGCCAGCACGCCGCCUUGUUUUCACGUUUGAUCUCCGCGACAGCAUGGGCGCCUGGGCUGACCCAGAAAACGAAGAACUUCUGAGAAGCGUCUUUCCUGAGACUACUGGAAUUGCCUGUGAUGGAUUCUUCUUGUGUCUGAAGCUGCGUACCCUACCGCCGAAACCGUGGCCGUUGACCAUUGCUGGACUGCCGCUGUACCUCCAUCCGGACCUCGGCGAAAUAGGGUUCGGGAACGGUCCAAUGCCCAUCGCCCGGCUUGCUUCGUGGAGAAAUGGCUCCAUCGCAGAAGACCAAAAUGGCCGAAAUCUAGAGGACUGGGAACCGCUCUUCCUGCUUGUCAGGGAUCAUUUCAUAAAGCUUGAAAUCUCAAUUACCCAGGUUAUGUACGUCGGACACGCCAUGAUCAUUGCUCUGGAACACCGCACCACGGACAUGAACAAGCUGCCGUUCCAAGCGGCGAAAGUCACCUGCCUGUACAUUUUUGAUGAUGAGUUGGUCAAACCAUCAAUGCCGCAUGCGCGCUGCCUUCUUGAUCCUGCGCCGGGAAACCCAGAUGUCAGCCAAUACGACCAUCUACAGCCAGGGCUGAGAGUGACAUCUGCUUUCUUACCAAACAGUGACAGCCCAUAUACCUUUCUGGGGACAACGACUGGCGUGCUUCUGAAAGAUAGAGUCGGCAAUGAAUCCAUGACCGUGGCCGCUCAUGGAUUCCCCAGCCAAUGCGGCACGAAAGUCUUUCACGCAUUACCCAACGGCGACCGGGAGAUUGGCGAGCUCAUCACAGAAGUUUCGCAUACAGACAUCGCCCUCGUCAAGUUGGCCAACACAGAAACGUUCUCCAACGUCACGUUCCAGAACGAUGUCAUACCGGAGCCUAUCCAGCUUAGGAGACUGCUUCCUGCAUCACAACGUCAAAAAAUUCGCGAUGUCUGCCUAGAUUCACCUGAUACAGGAUUCAUCGAAGGUCAACUCAUGUGUUCGGCACGCGAGAGAGUCUCUUGCGAUGUUAUUGAUGGCCCACCAGAACAGAAUUGGAUUGCUACAACCUGGAGCUAUAUGGGCCAGGAUGUAGCAGAUAAUCUCCCAGAAGAAAUAUGCGGUAGUGCUAUGUGGGACGUGGACGGAAAUGUCUUGGGGUUUUUCAGAUAUGCUCCGAAGGCAGGAGCGCUGAGGGAUUGGUGCGUCGGAAUUGCUGCGGAUGAGCUCAUUAACCGAGGGUAUACCCUCGUCGACACGAGCGAUAGGACAUAAGGGUUAGACAAUUCUGUCUGGGAAUAGAGAAGCAAGGUGUGGAGGUAUCAGCUGGGCCGAGGUGCCCAGAGAAUCACAGGUCGAUGCUAGCUUGGCGGAACUAAGCCAGCAUCUCCAGAGUCCUGGGAGCAAGCCCAACAUGGAGGAAAUGCUGGGAUGACAUGAGAUGAGUCGAGAACUUGAAUACCCUAUGGCUUGUUGAUGCUUUUCCCAGAGGUAAAAUGGUACGGGAAAGUCUGUUCAAUGAUCUUUGAGUAGCAGAUGGCGGCAGAUACAAUCUGACUUGUUCUGAACGAGAAAGCGGCACACGCUCGCUGUGCGAAGACUUUUGGUUCGUUCUGCCUAAAUUAACUGGUACAAUGGGCCAAGUACCCGCAAGGUAGCGUUCAAACGACCUCGGGCACGGCAAUAGCUGAGUGGGUGGUUUCGCGGACAAGACAUAGCCGGAAGCACCGUCGUAUGGUCGCAAAUGCUGCGAAAGUUCAGGACCUGGUGUGAUCUUUUCCCCCAGGUCGAGCCUGUGAGAUGGCCCUUAUAGCCCCUUGUAAAGCGCAGCGAGCAAGUUGGCCAACAAGGCAUGUCAGGAAUAUAGUCCUUUGGCCCAUAUGAGUACGCACAUAAGCCUCAGGCC